AUGAAAGGACGAAAGAGUUCUGCAUCAAAAUUCGAUAGAAAGGAGUUUGAUUAGAGAACAUUAAGUGCUGCAGUGAAUUUGAUCGUUUAUGGGUGUCAUGUUCAAAAAUAUAAUAAAUCAAAUAGAAAACCGAUAUCUAGAUUGUAUUAUUUAUAUGAGGAGGACAUGGAUUAUUUAUAAUACUUACAUGCAGGCAGACCAUUUACGCAAUGUAGAAUACCAUUGUUAGAUAUCAUCGAAUUAAGAGAAAUUCCAACAACAGAGUCAUUCUAAAAUUUACCUUAUCAAAGAACUCUUUAAAUAACAUUUGCGAGCAAAAAGCAUACAAUUUUAUUUAACACAAAGAAUGAAAGGGAUCUAUUUUGGCAAGGUUUAUAAUAUUUUAUUGAUGUGGCAGAACACAAUUUGAUUAGAGAUAUAAAAAGCACGAAUGAUAAUCCAAUAGUUGAAUAAAUCACCUUAAAAUAAAUUAAAGGAAUGCUACCAUAAUUGUCAAUCACAAAAUAAGAAGUAAUAUAUCUAAAAUCUAUUUGCAGCUCAAAAGCCUCUUUAAUCAAUAUGAUUUGGAAAGAAGAGGAUUUAUUUCCAGCUCUGAUUAUCAAGAUUUACUCAAGAGAUUGAUGAAUCAGGAUUUCGUGCGAUUUAUAUUUGAUAGAUAUGCAGUGUAAUAAAUGAACAAAUAAGAAUUUAUUAAAUUCUUAGCAAACGAAUAAUCUCCAUAUCAAAAGCAAUGUGAAGACGCAUUUAGAUUGUUCGCCAAAUAAGAUGGAAACAACUUUUCGUUAUCGUUCUUAGAAUUCUUAAAUUAUCUUCUAAGUACUUACAAUUAAUUGUUUGAUUACCAAAAAACAUAAAUCUAUUAAUCUGAGGAUUAUCCUUUGACUGAUUACUGGAUAAACUCUUCUCAUAAUACAUAUCUAAUGGGUGAUUAAUUGACAAGUGAAAGCUCUAUUCAAGCCUACAUAAAUGCCUUUCAAAAGGGUUGUCGAUGUGUAGAGCUAGAUUGUUGGGAUGGAGAUAAUAAUCAACCAAUCAUAUAUCAUGGAUUCACAAUGACUUCAAGAAUAUCAUUUGAAUCUGUCAUUCAAACCAUCAAAGAAUAUGGAUUUAAAUAUUCCAAAUACCCAUUGAUUCUCUCCCUCGAAGUCCAUUGUUGUGUUAAGCAAUAGGAUGUUAUGGCAGAUAUUUUAAAAACCUAUUUAAAUGAAAAUCUCUUACUUUUACCAGAUGAUUAUAAGUCUUCUGAAUACUAUCCGAAACUAAAUAAGCUAUAUUACAAAGUAAUCAUAAAGCAUCGAGGUAAGAUGAAAUCGAGUUUACAAUAUCGAGAAAGAUUCAUAUCAAUAUCUCCAAUUAAUAUACUUUAGCCUAAUUUUGAAGAAUCUGAAAGUCCUGACAUAAUUAAAAGACCAAGCCUUUCAAUAUAAGCUGAUUAGUAAUAAUUAAAUACACCAACCACUCUGAAGCCAAGAUCUUAAAAGUCAUUCAAGAGACAAGAUCAUGGAUUACCUAUGCUUUAACUUAGAAACACUAUUAAUCCUUUUUAGAUUGAUGAGGAGAUGAAGCCAAAUAAAGUAAUACACAAGACUAAAACAGAAACAACACUAAGACCUAAAUAUAAGAUCUCAAAUAUUGAAACUCAGUUUUAAUUUGAUGCACCUAAUCCAAGAUGUUAAAUUGUGCAAUUACCAUUAAAGGUGGAUUCUGAUGAAGAUAUAUCUAUUGACAAAGCGAAAAAAGAGAAAGCUGAAAGUCUCAAGAUGAGUUCAAUAACAGCAUUAUUUGGUGUUGCAAUUAAACAACAAAAUAGAACUGUUUGGGAAAUCUCUUCUUUGGAUGAAAGUAAAGUCAAUGAGAACCUGCUUGAUUUUCACAGAAGGUACUUCACUAGAAUAUAUCCAUCUGGGUCUCGAGUAGAUUCAAGCAAUUAUGAUCCUAUUCCAGCAUUUAAUAGUGGAUCAUAAAUAGUGGCACUCAAUUUUCAGACCAAUGAUAUGCCUAUGUUACUAAAUAUGUGUAAAUUUAUGGAAAAUGGAGGGAUUGAAUCUGGAUAUGUGUUGAAACCAUAAUGGAUGAGAUCGGAUGGGAAAAAAAAGAUUGGCGAGUUCAGUUCCACUCAAUUAUCCUUCACUCUUAGUUUAUUGGUUGGUUAUAAUCUUAGAUAAUUAAAUGUAUUAUAAUUCUCUUUAUUAAAAGAAUUAAAACGCAAAGGUUAACCCUUAAAUUAAGAUCUCAAUACGAGGUCUGCUAUAGGAUGAAUCAAAUAACAAACCGCAGAUUGCAACCAUCUCAUAAAGUGGAUUAAAUCCUUAAUUUAAUUUUAUCUAUAAAUACAAUAUAAAAUGCCCAGACUUGGCAUUUUUGAUAUUUGAGGUACUCGAUGCCAGCAAAACCUUCUUAGGAUGGAGUGCCAUACCUCUCUCAUGCAUGUCUUUUGGCUANACCAAUCAUAUAUCAUGGAUUCACAAUGACUUCAAGAAUAUCAUUUGAAUCUGUCAUUCAAACCAUCAAAGAAUAUGGAUUUAAAUAUUCCAAAUACCCAUUGAUUCUCUCCCUCGAAGUCCAUUGUUGUGUUAAGCAAUAGGAUGUUAUGGCAGAUAUUUUAAAAACCUAUUUAAAUGAAAAUCUCUUACUUUUACCAGAUGAUUAUAAGUCUUCUGAAUACUAUCCGAAACUAAAUAAGCUAUAUUACAAAGUAAUCAUAAAGCAUCGAGGUAAGAUGAAAUCGAGUUUACAAUAUCGAGAAAGAUUCAUAUCAAUAUCUCCAAUUAAUAUACUUUAGCCUAAUUUUGAAGAAUCUGAAAGUCCUGACAUAAUUAAAAGACCAAGCCUUUCAAUAUAAGCUGAUUAGUAAUAAUUAAAUACACCAACCACUCUGAAGCCAAGAUCUUAAAAGUCAUUCAAGAGACAAGAUCAUGGAUUACCUAUGCUUUAACUUAGAAACACUAUUAAUCCUUUUUAGAUUGAUGAGGAGAUGAAGCCAAAUAAAGUAAUACACAAGACUAAAACAGAAACAACACUAAGACCUAAAUAUAAGAUCUCAAAUAUUGAAACUCAGUUUUAAUUUGAUGCACCUAAUCCAAGAUGUUAAAUUGUGCAAUUACCAUUAAAGGUGGAUUCUGAUGAAGAUAUAUCUAUUGACAAAGCGAAAAAAGAGAAAGCUGAAAGUCUCAAGAUGAGUUCAAUAACAGCAUUAUUUGGUGUUGCAAUUAAACAACAAAAUAGAACUGUUUGGGAAAUCUCUUCUUUGGAUGAAAGUAAAGUCAAUGAGAACCUGCUUGAUUUUCACAGAAGGUACUUCACUAGAAUAUAUCCAUCUGGGUCUCGAGUAGAUUCAAGCAAUUAUGAUCCUAUUCCAGCAUUUAAUAGUGGAUCAUAAAUAGUGGCACUCAAUUUUCAGACCAAUGAUAUGCCUAUGUUACUAAAUAUGUGUAAAUUUAUGGAAAAUGGAGGGAUUGAAUCUGGAUAUGUGUUGAAACCAUAAUGGAUGAGAUCGGAUGGGAAAAAAAAGAUUGGCGAGUUCAGUUCCACUCAAUUAUCCUUCACUCUUAGUUUAUUGGUUGGUUAUAAUCUUAGAUAAUUAAAUGUAUUAUAAUUCUCUUUAUUAAAAGAAUUAAAACGCAAAGGUUAACCCUUAAAUUAAGAUCUCAAUACGAGGUCUGCUAUAGGAUGAAUCAAAUAACAAACCGCAGAUUGCAACCAUCUCAUAAAGUGGAUUAAAUCCUUAAUUUAAUUUUAUCUAUAAAUACAAUAUAAAAUGCCCAGACUUGGCAUUUUUGAUAUUUGAGGUACUCGAUGCCAGCAAAACCUUCUUAGGAUGGAGUGCCAUACCUCUCUCAUGCAUGUCUUUUGGCUAUAGGGCUGUUUAAUUACUGAGUUAAUACUUAAAGCCUUUGCCAAAGAGUUGCCUCCUUGUUCAUGUUCAAAAAAACACUGAAUGA